AUGUUAACCCCCAAGUCUGUUAGAACUUUACUGCACAGAGUGUGCCGGGUCGCUGUAAACCAACGAUGUCUAUCCAGCAUAUCAGGAAGUUUGCAAGUGGGUGAUCCUAUCCAACAGUCAUUUGUUGCCAGACUACGGGAGUAUCGUCAGAAGAGCGAGAAAUCUGAGUUCGGAUUAACAGAUGCUUCAUCUAAAGAAAUAAAAGAGCUUAGUGAAAUGCUGGCUAAGGUUGAUAGAAUAUACGAAGCGGAAGGAGAAGAUAUGACUCAGUUUCCUAUGUUCAAAUUCGAAGAACCCAAGUCCCACGUAGGCAUAAGUAAUUGCCAGUUCCGGAGUCAACAUGUAAGCUAG